AUGAUUACUCAGGUAGAGAACAUGAAGGAGGAGUAUAGAAAGCAGAGGGAAGCUGAAGAGCAGCUGCUGAAGGUUGAGGAUGAUGAUGAUGAGGAUGAGGUGGGUGAGGAGGGAGACAGGGAUGUAUCCUGGGAUCUUCACUCAGAGUUCUGCCCACACAAGCUCGAGCAUGAGAAUAAACGACGGAGUGACACGUUCACCCGUCGACCCAACUACUUAAACAUACCUGGAGCUGCGAUAAGUCGACCCUCCCUGAUUCCUUUACCUUCCAUCAGUCUGGAUAUAAUCACACCACCAACAACACUAUUUGGUUUCAGAGCUAGUGACAUAGAGAGGGGAGCAAGAGUAAUGUUCCCAAUUGUGUUUGUUACUUUUCAUAUAUUCUACUGGGCAGUGCUGGUGACUAUAAGCAGAAUAAACUUUGAUGAUAUCAUUCCACUUUCUACAGAGUGAACAAUGUACUCAUUCAUCAGAUGUCAACAUUUUUGUAUCUUAGAUUUGUUCUUAAAUGCGCUCAAUUUGUUCACCUCCCCCAGAGCCGAAAAUUUAAGAGAGCAUCCAAUCUAGUAUGUCAAGUCCAUUAGCGCCUGAUCCAAUCAGCCAUGUAUUUGGUGUCUAUUCUGAAUAAAUAGAAAUUGCAUGGCG